UCGGUAUUUAUUCUUUCGGUUUGACGUGGUCGGUGAUCCCCGGGGUUUCCCGUUAAUAUCCCGACUUUCAUCACCAUCUUUCAUGCUUUUCCGGUUUCUCUCUGAGUCGCGGAGCUGCUGCGGGUCUCCGCCGGGUUCCAGCGUCCCUCCGCCGGCCUCCCGGAGCGCGAGCGCUCGGUGUCGGACCGACGGAGAUCAAUCUGCGCUGUAAUCUCCGGAUCUUUCCCCCCGAAGCAGCGAGCAGACGGGGUUUCCUCUCGUUCAGCCUCCGCACGGGGUUCGUUUGCGGAACACAACAUUAAUUGACGGUUAUUUUAACGCACAUGCGUAGUUAACGCAUUAUAUGAGAUUUAAACACGGCUUCCGGCAUUCCUCCGGUAACCUUCACACCUCGUCCCGGCAAUGUCUCGGGUCGUGUCUCUAGUUCUCCACAAGUUCUGGUCUCACCUCAGGAGCCUCAGAGGAACCCUGGAGAACAGCUAGAACCCAUUGUGGAUCAUUCAUGUUAUGCAGAACCAUCAUCUGCAGAACCCAUUGCAUUUCUUUGGGUUCCUGUUUGACAGUUCAGGUAGAAGUGAGAGCUAACAAUGACGUCAGGACUUCAUGACGUUAAUACAAUACAAACACAAAGUGUCCUGCUGUGCCACUGUGGCGUCACCAAGUGAUUCUGAAGUCCAGAUGUUGGUCAGGUGAUCAGCAGGCGGCGCCGUGACUUCCUGAUCAAUCAGCGUUUUGUUCGUUAACCUUGAAGCUUUGGUUUGUUUCCACGCUGACGACCUCUGGAGUCCUUUCGUUAACUAGCGAGACUCCAGACAGAAACAGGAAGUCCACAAGUUUUUAACUUCUCGUUAGUAUUUUAUCUGGAGAAGUUUAGUGGCCAAAGCAACACAAACCUUAACAUGAUUUAGCAGCGGUGAGGCUACCCGUCGGCAAUAUGGGACUUGUAGUUGGCUGUUGCUCAGUUAAAUGGACUACAGCUGCCAGCAUCGCUAGCUGAUGCUACAACGAGGAGCCAGCUCGCUUCCCGUCACACUUCCUGGUUUGAACCGAGAAGGCGUGAACACUUCGAACCCAGUGGCUCUCUAACAGCGAGCUUUAGCGGGAAGCUGCCAUGUCGGACAAGACGGCUCCGCGCUGCCAGCUGAGGCUGGAGUGGAUCCACGGUUACAGAGGACACCAGUGUCGCAACAACCUGUACUACACCGCCGGGAAGGAAGUGGUGUACUUCGUGGCUGGGGUGGGCGUAGUCUACAACACCCGAGAACACACCCAGAAGUUCUACCUGGGACACAACGAUGACAUCAUCAGUCUGGCGAUCCAUCCAGAUAAGGUCCAGGUGGCGACGGGUCAGGUGGGUAAAGACCCGUUCAUCUGUAUCUGGGACACCUACUCCAUGCAGACGGUGUCCAUCCUGAGGGACGUCCACACACACGGGGUGGCUUGUUUGGCCUUCGACUCUGACGGACAGCGGAUGGUGUCUGUUGGUCUGGACGCCAAGAACACAUUGUGCGUUUGGGAUUGGAGGAGAGGACGAGUCCUCGCCAUGGCCACUGGACACUCAGACAGAAUCUUUGAUGUGGCCUGGGAUCCAUUCCAGUCCAACCGUCUGGUGAGCUGUGGAGUCAAACACAUCAAGUUCUGGACUCUGUGUGGGAAUGCUCUGACUCCAAAGAGAGGCAUCUUUGGGAAGACGGGCGACCUGCAGACCAUCCUGUGUGUUUCUGCAGCCAAAGAGGAGCUGACGUACUCCGGAGCUCUGAACGGAGACGUGUACGUGUGGAGAGGAAUCACUCUGGUCCGAACCGUUCAGGCUGCACAUGGGGCAGGGAUCUUCAGCAUGCACUCCUGUGAAGAAGGAUUCGCCACGGGAGGAAGGGACGGCUGCAUCCGACUGUGGGACGUCGAUUUCAAACCCAUCACCAAGAUCGACCUUAGAGAGGCCGAGCAGGGGUACAAAGGUUUGUCUAUCCGCAGUGUUUGCUGGAAGGCCGACAGGAUCCUGGCAGGGACGCAGGACAGCGAGAUCUUCGAGGUCAUGGUGAGAGAGCGCGACAAACCGGUUCUGCUGAUGCAGGGUCACAGCGAGGGCGAGCUCUGGGCGCUAGACCUGCACCCCAAACAACCGGUCGCGGUUACAGGGAGUGACGACCGCUCUGUCAGGCUGUGGAGUCUUCCUGACCACACUCUGCUUGCUCGCUGUAACAUGGAGGAAUCUGUCCGCAGUGUUUCCUUCAACAAUGAUGGCUCUCAGCUUGCUCUGGGCAUGAAGGACGGAUCCUUCACCGUGCUGCGUGUCAGGGACAUGACAGAGGUUGUGCACAUCAAGGACAGGAAGGAAGUAAUACAUGAGCUGAAGUUUUCACCAGAUGGUUCCUUCCUGGCGGUGGGAUCAAACGAUGGGAUGGUGGACGUGUACGCCGUCGCUCAGCGUUACAAGAAGAUGGGUGAGUGCAGCCGCUCCAUCUCCUUCAUCACCCACCUGGACUGGUCGGUCGAUAGCCGCUUCCUGCAGACCAACGACGGCACCGGAGAGCGGCUCUUCUACAGGAUGCCAGCGGGGAAGCUGGUUCCUAAAGAGGAGGCAAAGGGGAUCCACUGGAUGACAUGGACAGGUGUCAUCGGUCCAGAGGUGAACGGCAUCUGGCCCAAAUACUCCAAUGCCUCCAACGUGAACUCUGUGGACGCCAACUACAACAGCGCCGUGCUGGUGACCGGAGACGACCUUGGCCUUCUCAAACUCUUCAGAUUCCCCUGCCUCAAGAAAGGUGCCAAAUUCAAGAAGUACAUCGGUCACUCUGCCCAUGUGACGAAUGUCCGUUGGUCCAACGACUUGCAGUGGGUCGUCAGCACCGGCGGAGCCGACCAUGCUGUGUUCCAGUGGAGGUUCCUGCCUGAGGGCGUCAUGAACGGCGUCCUGGAGCCCCUCCUCCAAGAGGGUUACGCCGACUCCAACAGCGGAGAGUCGGACUCUGACGUUUCGGACGUCCCGGAGCUCGACUCGGACAUUGAACAGGAAGCUCAGACCAGCUACCAGCGUCAGGUGUAUAAGGAGGACCUGCCUCAGCUGAGGAACAAGCUGAUUGGUUCACUGAAGCGUCAGAAAGCUCCGGAGGAGGGGCUUCGUCUGCAGUUUGUUCACGGGUAUCGGGGCUUUGACUGUCGGAACAACCUGUUCUACAGUCAGACGGGGGAGGUUGUGUACCACGUGGCCGCCGUUGCCGUCGUCUACAACCGGCAGCAGCACAGUCAGAGGUUUUACCUCGGCCACGACGACGACAUCCUCAGCCUCACCGUCCACCCGCUUAAAGACUACGUGGCCUCCGCACAGGUGGGCAGAGAUCCGGCUGUCCACGUCUGGGACCUCCAGACCCUGAAGUGUCUGUCUCUGCUAAAGGGACACCACAGCAGAGGAGUGUGUGCCCUGGAGUUCACAGCGGACGGGAAGAGUUUGGUCUCGGUUGGAAUUGAUGAAUUUCACUCCAUCGUCAUCUGGGACUGGAAGAAAGGAGAGCGACUGGCCAAGGCCAGGGGUCAUAAAGACAAAACCUUCGUGGUGAAGAGUAACCCGUUCAGGAUGGACAAGCUGGUGACGGUCGGCAUGAAACACAUCAAGUUCUGGCAACAUUCAGGUGGUGGUCUGACCUUUAAACGGGGGAUCUUCGGGAACCUGGGGAAGCAGGAGACGAUGAUGUCGGCGUGUUACGGCCGGUCGGAGGACCUGGUCUUCUCCGGAGCCACAAACGGAGACGUCUACAUCUGGAGGAACACAACGCUCAUCAAGACCAUCAAAGCCCACGACGGCCCCGUGUUCGCCAUGUGCUCCCUGGACAAGGGUUUCGUGACGGGGGGGAAGGACGGCGUCGUGGAGCUCUGGGACGACAUGUUCGAGAGGUGUCUGAAGACGUACGCCAUCAAGAGAUCUGCUCUGUCUCCGUCUUCCAAAGGUCUGCUGCUGGAGGACAACCCGUCCAUCAGAGCCAUCACUCUGGGUCACGGCCACAUCCUGCUGGGAACCAAGAACGGAGAAAUCCUCGAGAUCGACAAGAGUGGACCGAUGACGCUGCUGGUUCAGGGUCACAUGGAGGGGGAGGUGUGGGGGUUGGCGACUCACCCUCUACUUCCUGUCUGCGCCACCGUCAGCGACGACAAAACUCUGAGGAUCUGGGAGCUGUCGGCCAAUCACCGCAUGGUCGCCGUCCGCAAGCUCAAGAAAGGUGGGCGGUGCUGUGCCUUCUCCCCUGACGGUAAGGCUCUGGCCGUGGGCCUGAACGAUGGCAGCUUCUUGGUGGUGAACGCCGACACGCUGGAGGACAUGGUGACCUUCCACCACCGCAGGGAGCUCAUCUCAGACAUUCGCUUCUCCCAAGAUGCGGGGAAGUACCUGGCCGUGGCCUCCCACGACUCCUUCGUGGACAUCUACAACGUCCUGACCAGCAAGAGAGUGGGCGUCUGCAAGGGAGCCGGCAGCUUCAUCACACACAUUGACUGGGACGCCCGGGGUAAGCUGCUGCAGGUGAACACCGGAGCCAAAGAGCAGCUGUUCUUCGAGGCUCCUCGAGGACGCAAACAGAACAUCAGCGUGGUGGAGUUUGAGAAGCUGGACUGGGCCAGCUGGACAUCUGUUCUGGGUCCCACCUGUGAGGCGAUAUGGCCGACGCUCAGUUUCGUUAACGCCGCUUCGCUCACCAGAGAAGGCAAGCUGCUCGCCACCGGAGACGACUUUGGCUUCCUCAAGCUGUUCAGCUUCCCGUCCAAGGGCCAGUUUGCCAAGUUUAAGAAGUACGUGGGGCACAGCACCAACGUGACCAACGUCCGCUGGUCCAACGACGACUCCGUGCUGCUGUCGGUGGGCGGGGCCGACACGGCGCUGAUGAUCUGGACCAGAGAGCCGGCGGGUCACAAAGAGAGCAAAGCUGUGGACAGCGAGGAGUCGGACGACGACACGGAGGAAGACGGAGGGUACGACAGCGAUGUGGCCCGGGAGAAGGCGGUGGACUACGUCACCAAGAUCUAUUCUGCCAGCAUCAGGAACAUGUCGGGAACCAGACCUCACCUGCAGCUCAAAGAGCUUCCUGUGGAGGAGAGGCCUCCUGUGAGUCGAGCUGCCCCGCUGCCUGACAAACUGCUGAAGAACAAUGUGACCAAGAAGAAGAAGGUGGUGGAGGAGCUGGUGCUGGAGCACGUGUUUGGCUACAGAGGCUUCGACUGUCGCAACAACCUGCAUUACCUCAACGAUGGCGCCGACAUCAUCUUCCACACGGCUGCUGCCGUGGUCAUCCAGAAUCUGUCCGCCGGAACCCAGAGUUUCUACCUGGAACACACCGACGACAUCCUCUGUCUGACAGUCAACCAACACCCAAAGUACCAAAACAUCAUCGCUACGGGACAGAUCGGCGACAUGGCUGACCUGCCAGGCCUUGCUCCGUCCAUCCAUGUAUGGGAUGCCAUGACCAAGCAGACGUUGUCCAUCCUCCGCUGUUCCCACGCUAAAGGUGUCGGCUACGUCAACUUCAGCGCCACGGGAAAGCUGCUGCUGUCAGUGGGAGUGGAGCCUGAACACACCAUCACCGUGUGGAGGUGGCAGGAAGGCACCAAGGUGACUUGUAAAGGUGGCCACGCUGAGCGGAUCUUCGUGGUGGAGUUCAGACCGGACUCUGACACCCAGUUUGUGUCCGUGGGAAUCAAACACAUCAAGUUCUGGACUCUAGUCGGAGGUUCGCUCGUGUACAAGAAAGGCGUGAUCGGCUCGGUGGAGGAUGGCCGCAUGCAGACCAUGCUGUCUGUCGCCUUUGGUGCUAGCAACCUGACGUUCACCGGCGCGAUCAACGGAGACGUUUACGUCUGGAGGGAGCACUUCCUGGUUCGAGUGGUGGCAAAGGCGCACAGUGGUCCGGUCUUCACCAUGUACACCACCCUGAGGGAUGGACUCAUCGUUACUGGAGGGAAGGAACGGCCGACUAAAGAGGGUGGCGCUGUGAAGCUGUGGGAUCAGGAGAUGAAGCGCUGCAGAGCGUUUCAGCUGGAGACCGGCCAGCUGGUGGAGAAUGUCCGGUCUGUCUGCCGAGGGAAGGGUAAGAUCCUGGUGGGCACCAAAGAUGGCGAGAUCAUAGAGGUUGGAGAAAAGAACGCUGCCUCCAAUACCAUGAUCAACGGACACACUCAGGGAGGGAUCUGGGGUUUGGCAACUCAUCCUUUCAAAGACGUCUUCAUCUCUGCCAGCGACGACGGGACCAUCCGAAUAUGGGACCUGGCCGAUAAGAAACUUCUGAACAAGGUGAGUUUGGGUCAUCCCGCUAAGUGCACCUCCUACAGUCCCAACGGAGAGAUGGUUUCCAUCGGCAUGGAGAACGGAGAGUUCAUCGUCCUGCUAGUCAACUCCCUCACCGUCUGGGGAAAGAAGAGAGACCGCAGCGUGGCCAUCCAGGACAUACGGUUCAGUCCAGACAACCGAUUCUUGGCGGUGGGUUCAGUUGAGAGCGCUGUGGAUUUCUAUGACCUUUCUCUGGGACCGUCCCUGAACAGGAUUGGCUACUGUAAGGACAUCCCUGGCUCAGUCAUCCAGAUCGACUUCUCGGCUGACAGCAAACAUAUCCAGGUGUCCACCAGCACCUACACUCGGCAGGUGCAUGAAGUUCCCUCAGGAAAAAUUGUCACAGAGCAGUCUGUAUUUGAGAGGAUCACCUGGGCUACCUGGACCAGCAUCCUCGGGGACGAGGUUCUCGGCGUGUGGCCUCGGAACACGGAGAAGGCAGACGUUAACUGCGCGUGUGUUUCCCACGCCGGCCUCCACCUGGUUACAGGAGACGACUUCGGCCUCAUCAAGCUCUUUGACUUCCCGUGCUCCGAGAAGUUCGCCAAACACAAGCGCUACUUUGGUCACUCGGCUCACGUCACCAACGCUCGCUUCUCCUGCGACGACAAGUUCGUCAUCAGCGCCGGAGGCAGCGACUGCAGUUUAUUUGUGUGGAAAUGUCAGUGAGAUACACCAGAGUCCUCAAGUCCUCCACCAGAGUCCUCCACCAGAGUCCUCAAGUCCUCCACCAGAGUCCUCCACCAGAGUCCUCAAGUCCUCCACCAGAGUCCUCAAGUCCUCCACCAGAGUCCUCAAGUCCUCGACCAGAGUCCUCCACCAGAGUCCUCCACCAGAGUCCUCAAGUCCUCCACCAGAGUCCUCAAGUCCUCCACCAGAGUCCUCAAGUCCUCGACCAGAGUCCUCCACCAGAGUCCUCCACCAGAGUCCUCAAGUCCUCCACCAGAGUCCUCCACCAGAGUCCUCAAGUCCUCCACCUGCGUCCCCGGGCGCUCCGAAACUGACGGUGCUGUGUUUUAUUGUGACGUAGUUCUUCUUGUAACUGGUUUAUAUUUCAGGUCUUCAGUUCAGUUUGUGUCGUUAAACCAGAAGUUUUCUAGUUGAACCUGUUUCAUGUAGCAGUGUUAUGAUAAUAUGUGUAUUAUAUAUGUAUAAUAUAUGUAUAAUAUAUGUGAUAUAAGUAUAUUAUAUGUGAUAUAAUAUAUGUAUACUAUAUGCAUUAUAUGUG